CCUUGGGAAAUUAUGCUGUGCGCUAGAAAAUUUCUCGGCUAAAUUUUUCGAUAUCUUUGUGGAGUACGUUAGAAAUAGCUAAGCGCGAGGUUUUACAGAGCCUGCGGAAAAUCUUGCAUCGCUAUACACCUGUAUCGACGAAAUUUGGGGGGCAAGCUUGACAUUACGUGAGAAAUGAAGCCUGCGGUUGUAAUUCUGGCGAAAAUGUUGAAGUUUAAGGGCGUUUCCGUCGAUCAUUCGUGAAACUGCGGCAAAGGCUCUUCAUAUUCGGUUUCAUUUAAAGGUGAAUGAUUAUUUUGCUGUUAAAUCGGUGGAAGCUUUGAGUACAGCUGUAUAGUUGCGGAUCAGUCGGAAGCUUAUUGAGGUAGUUUGUAGGAAUCGGCCGUAAGCGUCCAGAUUUCAGAAAAAAUGACAUUAUAAGCUUCAUAAUUCUGGCCGUACAUCGAAGUCGUCAAAAUCGGCAGUGAAAGCUCAUAUUCACUUUCAAUUCGGCCUUUCUGUGAAUUUGUAAAACAAUCUCUUUUCAGAAAAGAAGUCGCUAAGGUUCAGAUUCACACUUAGUUUUGACCAGCAGAAGGGUUUUUGUUAAGAAGCAUCUCUGUGUUAGACUGAUUCCGAGUCCUGUGUAAAGGAAGCUGAGUUUUUAAAAACUUAGUGGUAUUCGUUCUGAUUCAGUUCAGUUCUCUUAGAAAAGCUGAAUUUCAGUUAAAAACAAGAUCGGAUAUCUACGCUUGUGGAGUCCAGUGUAAAAAUAAGUUGUACAAGUGGCAUUACCAGUAAAGAAGCUUAAGUUCUGUUCAACGGAAAUUGAAUUUCUUAGUAUUUUGCGGUUGGCAUUCUGAUUUACAUAGGAUUUUGUGUAAAAGAAGCUAAAGUUAGGGAAAACAGACGCAGCAUAUUGCAUUUAGAAUCUAGUGCAGAAGAAGCUGAACGCUUGGAAUAGUAGUAAAGAAGCUCAAGUAUAUGGGUCUCACUAGUGUAUUUUGUAUUUACCAGUUCUUAUGUGCAGGGGAGAAGAAUUCUAUAGAAAGCAGCAAUACGGAUUUGGGUUCAGCGGAAAUCUCGUGUGAAAUAAGCUUAAGGUUUAGGGGUUUCAGCAUCACACAACAGGAUUUAGUUUGGUUGUCUCGUACAAAUCAACAGAGAAGCUGUAUAAGUUCUUAAACUUAAUAUUUCUGUUUGAAAAAAGCUGCAUACUGCUAGAAUCAGGCGUGUAGCAAGUGAAUAGAGUACUCUGUGAAAUUACAAAGUAUAGAAUUUUGCUACACAGGUUAGAUUAUUUUUGGUAGUAUUUGCAGGAUACGGCAAAAAGCUCGAAAAAUCAUCUGUAUAAACUCUAGUACUAUUAGAUUAUCUUUCUGCAGUGGGUUACAAUGGAAUGCUUCUGUGACUUUUGUGGGGAAGUAAGGCCAACAAUAUACUGUAAAUCGGAUACGGCUCGACUUUGUCUGUCAUGUGACCGGCAUGUUCACAGUGCAAAUGCGCUCUCCCGCAGACAUCUUCGGUAUCUUCUCUGUGAUCGGUGUAAUUCCCAGCAGGCCAUGGUUCGAUGCCCUACAGAAAGCUUAUCUCUGUGUCAAAAUUGUGAUUGGAACGCUCAUGGAAGCUCGGGGGAAGCAUCAGAACAUAAUAGGCAUGCUAUCACUGGCUACAUCGGGUGCCCUUCUGCAGCAGAACUCUCAAGGUUAUGGGGUUUGGAUGGUUUUCCUCAGUUGGCCGAUUCUUGUGGACAAUCUGCCGAGAACGUUUCAGGUAUGUCUACUGUUAGUGAGAUUGAUGCUAAUAGCUGCCGGGGUACGUCAAAAAUUGACAACUCUCUGGAUGUGGUGACUGUUCGAAGGAAUAAUUCAAGAAAUGCCCAAGAAUUUGAUGUUUGGAUGGAGUCUUCUUCCUCAACACCCAGAGCAAUUACCGAAGAUAAACUGGUUGGAUGUACAGGGCCAGCAAAGUCAUCUAGAGCAUCCGAACAACAAUCAAAACAAAAGCCUGUGGUUGUUCAACAAUUGCUUGAUUUACAAAAGCUCACACUUCAGAGUUCAACCCAAAUUCAGAACUCCAAGUUGCAUUCGCAAGUUGAUGAUUCUAAGUCAAUGGGACCCCCUUCAUCAGCGCCAACAGCAGAAAAUUUUCAUGCACAUCACCAACAUCAAGAGAGGCAGCAGAAUGAUCAGCUUCAAGAGCAGCGACAAAAUUGCCACGAACAGGAUGGUCCAUCAGUUUCAUUGUUUUCGCCAGAAACACAACAGCUGAAGCCUGAUGCUAAUAUCGAACAUAUCAUGGAAGGGGACACUUACUGGCGUUCCAGUCCUGCAAAUGAUACUAACCAGCUGUGGGAUCCACAUAUGCAAGAUCUCGGCCUCUGUGAUGGCGGUGAUAAUUGUGAUGGUGGUGAUAAUUGUGAUGGUUUUAAUAUGUCAGAUGUUGAUCUCACAUUUGAAAACUACGAAGAUAUUUUUGGCAGUUCACAAGAUCAGUCUGAUUCGCUGUUUGAGGACACAAGUGCAGCUUGCUCCAACAUGGACAGGGAUGUUUCUCUUGUUGAGUCGAUUGGUCACAUUGAAAAUACUCCUGAGGUGUCUACAGCACAAGGGGGUUACUCAAUUCCAUCUCACGUUUCUGGACCAGCAGGAGGUAUUCAUUCUGCAUCUGGUAAAACAGUUCAGGGUGUGCCUGUUCCAAGUGCAGUUGGCAACAUUGCUAUGAACUUUUCUGCAAGGCCACGACAUCCUAAUUUGUCACUUUCUCUGUCAGCUCAUAGUGGAGAGAGCAAUGCUGUUGAUUAUCAGGAGUGUGGUUUAUCGCCAAGGUUUCCGAAGGGUGAGCCUCCACCAUGGUAUCCUACCAGCCCUGAGACUGCAUUUUCUCAAGCUAGAGACAAUGCUAUGAUGCGUUACAAGGAGAAGAAAAAGGCACGCAAGUUUGAAAAGCAGAUACGCUAUGUUUCUCGCAAAGCUAGGGCAGAUGUAAGAAAGCGUGUAAAAGGUCGUUUUGUUAAAGCUGGAGAAGCAUAUGAUUAUGAUCCAUUAUCAGUGGCAAGGAGUUAUUGACACCGUUUCUUAGCUCUAGAGAAGAUCAUAGUUCGGUCUAUUGAUCUUCUCCUACAUAUGCCAGUUUUUGCAAAAAAAAAAAAAUUCAGCUGCAAAAGUAUACUUGAUGGAUACAGGAUAUAUAAUGUUAAGGUAUCCCCAUGCUGCAAUAGAGUUGAAAAACUUUAUGUAAAUACCUUGUAUAUUUAUAUAUAUAAGUAGCACGCUGCUUUUGCAUGGGCAAGAGCCAGCUUAGGACCUGUUGGUGAAGAUCGAAAUGUUACUUUAUUUAUUUUAUUGACUGCUGACUCACCAUUUAUUCUAUGAUCAUUGUGGCCCCAUCAAUGGUUCUGUGAUUGGUCCUCACCAGGUUUUCUUCAUGACAAUCCAAAGCUUCCAUAGUAUAUUUGGCAAGAUAUUCUCUUAAACAUUGCAGGGGCAGAUUGAAGAUGCAUACCUUGAAUUCGUUUGGCAAUGAGGCUAUCUGUAAAUGAUUAUCAGUGCAGAGUGUAUGGGAUUGUAUGCGGUUCAAAAGAAUUUUUGGCAACUGGCUGUUGCAAAAUACAACCUUUAUAACAGGUUGUAUAUAAAUCCUGAGUGUCAUAAAAAACAAAAAGUUGAUGCAAAAGAAAUAAUUAGAAGACAGGAAUUGAUUUACACAAGUGAAAUUCAGACUGGUAUUAUAUGAUGGUUACUUUCAAAGAUCACAUUGCUGAGAGCUAAGUACAACGUCAUGUUAGUCACUGGGCUUAUUACUGAAAUCUUUGAUGGCUUUCAUCCAUGCAUACGGAAUGAAGUUUGCAGAGUGCAGUUUGCCAUGUUCAGUUGCAAUAAACUGAUAGAAAAUUCAACAGGGAGAUAUUUUUAUCGACCGGCUAACAUUGUAUGUUAUAGACAGUGUAUGCAUCAACGAAUCUAAAAUGCUGUAGUUUGUUCAAGCUACAAAAAAUCAAGCACUCAGUGGCAGUAAAAGCUUUCUUCGGUAACUUUUGUAUUUCUGUUCUGUUCGAGGUUCUUUUGUGAAGGUCUCAGCGGCAUCAAAUAUAAGGACAUUCCAGAUCCAGAAUUCUGCACAAAUUUAUUGAUCAGUAUGAAGUAUGAAUUUUCUGUUCAUAUUGUGAGUCUGCAAAUUAAUAUUGCAAUGCUCUUACUGACAGGGUAUACAGGACCUUUGGAGCGGGGCUUUCCAACCUUUUUAAGUGUGCAACUUUUUAGAUGGGGCAUAUUUCCAUUAAUCGAUUAUUUGUUAUUCUAUUAUGUCUUUAUGCUCUCACACAUUUUAUGUAUGUGCAUCAAUCGAAGAGGUGCUGCUCCUUGAUUUACGCUCCAAUAAGAGGGCUAUGAAUGAGCUUUCUGUAUCUGGUGGAAACGUACAGCUCUAUUGCACAGAAACCAGUUAACGGUACAACUACAUAUGUAGCGAAACUUUUUUACAUUCUGUAAGUUAUUAAGAUCUGAUCCACUAGUAAAUUUUUGUAGCUUGUUACUGUGCAACUAUCUACAUAGAAAAAUAUUUUUACAUUCAGUAA